AGAAAGAACAUUAGCCUACUCUCUCUGUAUUUCUUUUUUUUCUUUUUACUUUCUCAAUUUUUAUAUUAUCUAAAAAUCUUUCCUUCCACACAACAAAGCCUCUGCUGGAUUAUGUAAUGCUGCUCCCCCCACUCCACCUCUUUUAACUCUCUAAACUCUUCCAUCCAAACCCCACUGCAAGAUUAUAAAACACUAAUAAUCGACACCCACAAAUGCCCAUUUGAUAUCUGAUCCAAGAACAAAGUUAUGGGUCACCUGAAUUUGCCCACAUCGAAGAGAAUACCGCGUCAUUGGCGGCUCUUGGACAUCGUUUCCGCGGCGUUCUUCGGCCUCGUCUUCCUCUUCUUCCUCCUCGUCUUCACCCCACUCGGAGACUCCCUCGCUGCCUCCGGUCGUCAGUCCCUCCUUGUCUCCACCGCCGAUCCACGUCAGCGCCACCGCCUUGUGGCUCUGGUUGAGCUUGGGACCCAGUCCGCCGCCAUCGAGGCUUGCCCUGCUGAGUUCGUGGACCACAUGCCAUGUGAGGAUCCCAGGCGGAACAGCCAGUUGAGCCGGGAAAUGAAUUUCUACAGAGAGCGCCAUUGCCCGCUGCCCGAUGAGACGCCGCUUUGUCUGAUUCCACCGCCCGAUGGGUACAAGAUAUCGGUGCAUUGGCCUGACAGCUUGCACAAGAUAUGGCACAGCAACAUGCCACACAACAAAAUUGCAGACAGGAAAGGUCAUCAGGGAUGGAUGAAAAGGGAAGGUCCAUACUUUAUUUUCCCUGGUGGUGGCACAAUGUUUCCAGAUGGUGCAAUACAGUAUAUCGAAAAACUUGGACAAUACAUCCCUAUAAGUGGCGGCACUCUAAGGACUGCUCUUGAUAUGGGUUGUGGGGUGGCCAGUUUUGGUGGAUAUAUGCUAGGAGAGGAAAUUUUAACCAUGUCAUUUGCACCAAGAGAUUCACAUAAAUCCCAGAUACAAUUUGCACUGGAGAGAGGGAUUCCAGCUUUUGUUGCCAUGCUUGGAACUCGCAGACUCCCUUUUCCUGCAUUCUCAUUUGACUUGGUGCACUGUUCUCGAUGUUUAAUCCCUUUUACUGCUUAUAAUGCAACAUAUUUCAUGGAAGUGGAUCGGUUGCUUCGACCAGAAGGAUAUCUGGUCAUAUCCGGUCCCCCUGUACAAUGGCCUAAUCAAGACAAGGAAUGGGCAGAUCUGCAGGCUGUGGCUAGAGCAUUAUGUUAUGAGCUUCUUGCUGUUGAUGGGAACACUGUUAUCUGGAAAAAGCCAGUGGCAGAUUCAUGUCUCUCCAACCAAAAUGAAUUUGGUCUAGAGUUGUGUGAUGAAUCAGAUGACCCAGAUUAUGCAUGGUACUUCAAAUUAAAGAAAUGUGUGAGUAGAAUCUCUUCUGUCAAAGGAGAUCUUGCUGUUGGGAAAAUUGCACAGUGGCCAGAAAGGCUAACAAAAACUCCUUCAAGGGCCGCACUCAUGAAAAAUGGCAUUGAUGUGUUUGAGGCUGACACUCGACGGUGGGUGAGAAGAGUUGCUUACUACAAAAACUCAUUAAGCCUAAAGCUUGGAACUUCAGCUGUACGAAACAUUAUGGACAUGAAUGCAUUCUUCGGAGGCUUUGCAGCAGCCCUGAAGUCUGAUUCUGUGUGGGUAAUGAAUGUGAUUCCUGCUCGCAAGCCUUCAACCUUGGCAGUAAUUUAUGAUAGAGGCCUUAUUGGAGUCUACCAUGAUUGGUGUGAGCCUUUCUCAACAUAUCCUAGGACCUAUGAUCUCAUUCACGUAUCUGGGAUUGAAUCGCUCAUAAAAUAUCCAGGUUCGGGCAAGAACAGGUGUAACCUUGUGGAUUUGAUGGUAGAGAUGGAUCGAAUUUUGCGUCCAGAGGGAACUGUUGUGAUUAGAGAUUCCCCCGAAGUUAUUGACAAAGUAGGUCGCCUAGCUCGUGCUGUGAGAUGGACGGCUUCCAUUCAUGAGAAAGAACCUGAAUCACAUGGGAGAGAAAAAAUACUCGUCGCAACCAAAAAAUUCUGGAUGCUUUCUUCAGCAUCAAACUGAAUGGCGUUUUGUUCAUUAUAAGUGACAGGCAGAUGGAGAGGCAAUACUCAAUAGUUGAACAUAGCAACUGAAACAGCGCAGCGUUAAUUGUGAACGCGGUUGGGGGAGGCCAGCCGGUCUGGGCUGAAAAACGGGAAUGCCAUUAAUGCAACAGCGAAAGCAAAAUGGUGUUGUGGGGCCUUCCUCUAACCGUUUGAAUUAGUGUGAAAUCAACGACCCAUCUUUCUCUCUCACAACCUGUGGUCAAGACUCACGAAAUAGUCGGUUUGGAUGGACACUGUUUUGAAGAUCUGAUCGGCUAAUUUUGACUGUGAAAAGGUCAUGUUAGGGAAUGGGUCUGUGGAUGGUAACGUAACCUUUACCCACCUCCCUUAGCCCUCAUAAUGUCUUCUCAUAUCCAUGUCCUAGUCGACUUUGGUGGGACUCUCCCCUUUGUAUGUUUAAUUUCCAAACCCAGAAGUAGCUUUAUCUUGACUCCAAUUUCUUGGCUCAAUCCAGAGUUAUGCUGUUUGCACACAA